AUGGGGGCCAUACUAUCCCUCCCCUUCACCCUGCUCAACUUCCUCCUCCCAUUCACGCGCGCUGGCACACCACUAUCGCAAGAUCUACUACACACAGCCAUCCUCUGCGGAACCCUAUAUUUUGCCCCGCAAAUCGGUGAAUGGUACAACGCCCGCCAACAAGGCGCCCAUCGCACCCCCCCGGACCAGCCAGACGCGCAAGAACCCUCAAAUCAACCCACCGACAACAACCUCCCAAACACCAACACACAAGCCGCCCCAGACCCACCCCUAGACGAGCGCCUCAUCCUCCAAGACGACGACGACCCGGACACCCACCCCGGCGCCGCCCGCCCACGCGCACCCACCCCACCACCAGCACCGCGCCACCAAGCCCACGUCGAAGACGACGAGCACCGCGACCCCUUCGCCCCCGGCCCCGCCAACCCGCCUCCCCAACAACAACCCGCCCGCGCACCCACGCACCGCACCGUCGGCACCAAAAAAGCCAAAUCCCUCGCCCGCAGAGACCAGCAGCGCGCGUACAACGAGUGGCUCCGACAAGAAGCCGAGAUCCGACGUAGACAAGAAGAUGAGGGCCGCGAGGAGCGCGAAGCCGCACUCGCACUUGAACGCGAGCGCAGGGCGGCGGCUGAGGAAGUGAUUCGGGCUAAAGAGCGGGAAGAGCGGGAGGCGCUGAAACGUGAGCGAGAGAGGGAGGCGAAGGAAGAGGCGGAGAGGAGGGAGAGGGUGGUGGGGUAUGUGAGGGGGCGAAUUGAGGAGGUGGGAUGUGUGGAUUUAGUCGAGGCAGCAUGGAAGGAGGGCAAGGAUAGGGUAUGGGUUGAGAGAUUGGUCAGGGCGUCGGGACUACUGGGCCAGUUGACGACGGAGGGGAAGAGUGUUAUGCUGACGGCCAGGGACUGGCUUGUUAGGAUUGAUCAGACAAUCGUGGAUAAGGCCUAUGCUGAGGCGGAAAGAUUCGGUCUGGAACAUGGUGGUAAAGUCGGCUUUGAGGAAUUCGGCAGUAUCCUGGAGAACGUUGUACUGCAGGGCGUAGAGGCGUGA